UUUAGUGUCAGUCUCGAUUUCAGACUCGACUCGCUUGAGUCGUCGUUUUAGUGUAACCCAGGUGCUCGAAAACAUAACACAAUUUUGGGUAAAAAUUUACUAAAACCCAAAAUCGAACAAAAGCCAAGUUGAAUCGACAAAGAAAAGGAUAUCUGCAUAAUGGCGUCUUCCGCGACAUGGCGGGCGAUUGCAGUUUACAGUCUACUCGUUGGACUUUUGUCUGUACACCAGGUCAACUGCCAAGCUGACAAACGAGUCUCUGUUCAACAGUAUUACGAGCCGUCCGACUCUGUCGGUGACGUUGUCAAAAGCAAAAUCCGUCCGGAUACUUACGCACAACAUCCUUCAGAAGGACCCCAGUAUAACGAUAAGCAAAAAUCAAUUAGCGAUGGCAGCGUGUCUACCGCUUACGGUGAACAAUAUGGGCACCAGGAACAACCGUUGGACGAGGAAGCCCAAGAAUCCAUCAGUUCAGGUUCCAUAAACAAUCACAGGAUACCACAAUACACACGCGGCAAUGGUGUACAAAUGACGGCCGACGGGGCCGAGGGUAAGAACGUUGGCAACCGGGCCGUAAUUAACAAUUAUCACGGACCCGCAGGCUCUGGGUAUGCAGUCGACUCUGGUUACAACCCCCAUUUCAGUUCACAAGAUCUGAUUCAAGACCAAAACUACCAGCUUGAAUUUAAGUACCACGACUAUGACAAGAUGACCAAAUUCUUAAGAACUACUUCAUCUAAAUUUCCCAACCUCACCGCUUUGUACUCCAUAGGAAAAUCUGUCCAAGGUCGUGAUUUGUGGGUUAUGGUAGUGUCUUCGAGCCCUUACGAGCAUAUGAUUGGAAAACCCGAUGUCAAAUACGUGGCUAACAUGCAUGGUAAUGAAGCAGUUGGCAGAGAACUCAUGAUGCAUCUCAUUCAAUACUUGGUGAAUAGCUAUUCAGUGGACCCAUAUAUCCGGUGGCUUUUAGACAACACUCGUAUCCACAUUUUGCCGUCAAUGAACCCUGAUGGUUUUGAAGUAGCACGAGAAGGUCAGUGCGACGGAGGGCAGGGUCGAUACAAUGCUCGAGGUUUUGACUUGAACAGAAACUUUCCGGAUUAUUUCAAACAAAAUAACAAGAGAGGACAACCUGAAACGGACGCUGUAAAAGAAUGGACGUCAAAAAUCCAAUUUGUAUUGUCAGGAGGAAUUCACGGUGGGGCACUUGUUGCCAGCUACCCUUUCGACAACACUCCCAAUUCUAGAUUUUGUAUUUCAUCUCCAUUUUGUUCUGUGUUCCAAAGUUAUACAUCAACGCCUUCGUUAACUCCAGACGAUGAUGUUUUCAAACAUCUUGCUUUAACCUAUUCCAGGAAUCACCCAUCAAUGAACCAAGGUGUGGCUUGCAAACAAAACACUCCAACGUUUAAUAGUGGUAUCACCAACGGAGCCGCUUGGUAUCCACUUACAGGAGGUAUGCAAGAUUUCAAUUACGUGUGGUACGGUUGCAUGGAAGUAACGUUAGAACUGUCAUGCUGCAAAUACCCACCUGCUGCCGACUUACCCAAGUUUUGGGAAGAAAAUAGAUUGUCUCUGGUGAAAUUCUUGGCUGAAGCUCAUAGAGGAGUACACGGUUUCGUAAUGGAUGAACACGGUAAUCCAAUCGAAAAGGCUUCACUUAAGGUCAAAGGUCGUGACGUAGGUUUCCAAACAACCAAAUACGGAGAAUUUUGGAGAAUACUGUUGCCUGGAGUUUACAAACUAGAGAUCUACGGAGACGGUUAUAUUCCAAAAGAGAUGGACUUCAUGGUCGUAGAACAGCAUCCGACACUUUUGAAUGUGACAUUACACACAUCUAAGCGACAAGAUAAUUCACUCUACACCAGACCUCCAGUUCCUCAUUUUUACCAUCAUCACCACCCACAAGGUGGUAUAGCAUUAGCACCUAAACAACCAGUUCAAGAUUCUGGAAUAUUUUCGAGUAUUACAUCCGGUUUCAAUAAUUUUGUAAGCAACGUAUUUGGAUAGAGCUUAUUGAAAUGUAUUUAAUUUUAAAACUAUAUAUACAAACACACCACUACAGCUAAUAUCCGAUCUCGAAGCUGUAUAAAUAACCAGUUUUAGGGUAAAGUUUUUUUUUCUUCUAUAAAUUGAAUCGUAUGAAGCAAUGUAACAAUUUUACAGCAUACCAUUCUGGCUCCUACUUAACACUAAUUUAUUAUUAUCAUUAUAUAAUUUUUUACAUUAAUUGUUGUAUCGAACUAUUUUUGUACGGACAUUACUUAUAAAAUAUUUUAUUAGAUUG